CACGUCCCCGUGGUUGGUCGUCUGCUGCUCACUGUGACGGACGUUUGGAGGCUACAGGUUCUCAUGUCAGAGCAUAAAAAAAUCAUCAGAUGACGCUGAGAUGAAUCACAAGAUUAGAGGCUGAUUGAUAAUCUACAAGCAUGGCAGGUUGAGCCGGCUAUUUUUAGCGGGAUUUGUAUCUGUGUCAAGGUCACCUCAGUAGAGAUGCAGGGAAUUUAAACAAGGCGUCCCCCACAGGCUCUCUCGUCCUUGACUUCCGACCUUGACCCCCCGCCCCCACGAUGGCAGAGGAUAAAAAAGGCAACGAUACAAUGAAGGAGCUGAGAGAUUGGCUUGUGACGAAAUGCCGGCUUCCCGGCUUCGGGAACGACCACGACAGAAACACUUCCGGUCGCAGGGGAGGGCGCGGGGCAAGCGGCGACAGGGGUCCGGUACAGCCGCAGCAGUUCUCGACGAACAUCGUCACGCCGAGGACCAUCCCCCAGUUCAUCAUCCCCGGGUCCAACGACUCGUCCAGACAGCCCAGCAUCGGCUCCAACGACGACCUGGUCAGCCACUCCAGCGGCGAGCCGAGCGUGACGUCAUGGUCAGCUUCUACCAGCCCGGGGGUGUCCCCGCGGUCGUCCUUCUCCGCUUUGGCCGCGCCGGAAAACAGUUUGGUCCGCAUCCGCUCCGCUCCCGUCUCGCCUCGGAGAGACUCUCACGGGUUUCUGCGAGAUUUCGGGAUGAGAUCCAUGUCGAACCUGCCUCACGUGCAGGUAGAUCAAGCCCCAGCGGCUAACGGCCACUCCCCCUCUACACCCCACAAGCUCUCAGCCUGCCGCACCAAAACCUACAACGACACCAAAGAAGCCGCCACCCCCGCAAGGAAAGGAUCUUUAACUAUCCCGACUUCAGAGUUCCGGUCACGGCCUAGAAGAAUGCACCGGUCGUUUCAAGACUUCUACGUCCCGGAUGAACGGUUCACCUCCAACGAUUUGCUUCACGUCAACCACCUGACCGCCGAAUACAGGGGAAACUACUCCGGGCUCACGGAUAAAAACGAGUACUUGCCCAUGAAAGAAUCGUUUCGUCGUUCGCAGCGCUACUACCGCAGGCGGUCGUCGCUGGUGACCAACGACGUCAUGCGGCUGUUGUACCACAACCAAUCAGGCGAUGCCGGGGGGUGCACGAACGGGAGCCCCCCGCAACUGAAGACCAGGAAACAGCUGGCGCCCAUUGACCCGUUCCAGGACAAGAGACACUCCUCCCCAGAGGUGAGCGUGGUGGAGAAGAAACCCAUCGUGGAGAGAUCUCACUCUUUGGAGAAACCAAAGUCCAGCUCCCUCAUCAACCUCAUCGCCUCUCACCCACCGGCCGAAGAACAGCCCGCACCUAAGGCAAAAACUGAAACAGAACGCGGCGACGUCAAGUUCUCGUUUCAAUAUUUCCCGGCUACAAAAAGACUCAAGGUCAUCCUCAUUCGGGCGGAAGGCCUUCGUUUUCCGGAAAAACCCGAUCUGGUUUUAAACCCAUUUUUCAAAAUCUGCCUUAUGCCGGGGAAAUUGCAAAAACAAUGCUCCGAACCUGCGCGUCAGACAUGCGCACCGAACCUAGACAAGGAGUUUUUCUUUACGGAUCUUAACCUGGACGAAAUGAAGAGUUUGAGGUUGAGGAUUUUGGCCUUCCAUAAAGCUCAUCACCUCAAGCUCCCUGAGUACCUCGGUGAGUUGAACGUGCCUUUAUCCAACUACGAUCUACUCAUGGAGAAUCGCAUGUGGAACGACCUCCAUUUUAAACCUUACAAAAAGGAUCUCGGGCACCUGCAGGUGGAGCUGAUGCUGGACUCCAAGCUCUGCAGGCUGUCUGUGGGCGUGAACCAAGCCAGAGGUCUACCUAGCCAACACCUGACAGG